GGGGUGGGACUCCAGCAUUCAGAUCUUCAUCAUGCGCAGAGGAAAACACGCACUUCUGAUCUAAUCUUAACACACAUCUGAUCUGAUCUGAAAACACCAGACACACAAACAUUAGAUCUGAUCAGAUUAUGCACGUGCAUCCGAUGCUUUAAUGCAUGUUAAUUGAUGGAUGAAAGUCUGCAUGAGCUCGAGAGGAGGAAACAGAGACUCCUGAAGGUGGCACUAUGUCUGUGCAGGGUCAGGAUAUUUCAGAAUAUCAUCUGAGUGUGGUGCUGGACCCUCCUGGCUGGGAAGUGUGUUUGUAUGUGUUUGGGUUUUUGGUUCUGUUUGGUGUGGUUAUAGUGAAUCUGUGGAAAUUAUAUAAGUCUGGCACUUUCCCAACUCCCUCGCCAUACCCAAACUUCCACUACCGUUACCUGCAGGAGAAAUAUGGCUCGUCCAACUCGGAGAUCAGACAGAAGCGUGUUGCAGCUUCCAACCAGCGGAGGGCGUCAACGGCGAGUCGGAAGCCGAGUCUUCAGUUGCUGGACACUCCUGAUGGGCUUCGAGACCUCGGAACACUGGAGCUCAUGAGCCGGGAGCUGGAUCCGAGUGGAGGCACCCUCAACCGUUCCAUGUCCUCUGAAUCUCUGUGUUCCAUCUCUUCCAUCGCUCAAACUUUCGGCCACGACUUCACAGUGGGGCAGCUGGAGAUCACUCUGGAGCUGGACUCUCGGUCCUCGCUUCUGCACGUCUCACUGCACCAGGGUAAAGACCUGCUGGAGAAGGAGGAGGAGAACUUCCCUGGAUGCUACAUCACCGUCGUCCUGAUCCCUCAACAGAUCAGCCUAGGAGCCACACAGGUUCAGCGAAAUGCCUUCACUGUGGUGUUCGAUGAGCGGUUCUCUGUUCCGUUAGACUCUGUUAAUCUGGAAGAGAACAGUCUGAGGUUCUCUGCCUUUGGCAUCGAUUCAGAUGAGCGGAACAUCAGUGCUGGAGUCGCUGAACUUAAACUGUCAGAUCUCGAUCUUUCCAUUCGGCCGUUUAAUGCCUGGCUUUACCUUCAGGACAUCAACAAGACCGUGGAUGCUGUUGGUGAGAUCCUGUUGUCUCUCAGUUAUUUGCCAACUGCAGAACGCCUCACCGUGGUUGUGGCCAAAGCCAAGAACCUGGUCUGGACUAAUGGAAAGACCACAGCAGAUCCAUUUGUCAAGGUGUAUCUGCUCCAGGACGGCAGGAAGAUCAGUAAAAAGAAGACCUCAGUAAAAAGGGAUGAUACUAACCCCAUCUUCAACGAGGCAAUGAUCUUCUCAGUGCCAGCCAUCGUCCUGCAGGAUCUCUCUCUGAGAGUGACGGUUGCUGAGAGCACAGAGGAUGGGCGUGGCGAAAACGUAGGUCAUGUGAUCAUCGGACCAGAGGCCAGUGGAAUGGGCAUAACACACUGGAACCAGAUGCUGGCCACACUGCGGAAACCAGUUUCAAUGUGGCACCCGCUUCGGAGAACCUAAGUCCUGACCCUUGACCCCUGACCUAUGAAUCUUGUCUGCAUGGUGCCUACUGUCUAACUGUCCUUACAGUAACGACAUUUGAAUAUGAAGGAAAAAUCCUAGUCCCAGCUGUCCUGAGGGAGCGGACAGGGACAGAUGGAUCCGUAAACAGAGUCUCUUUUGCUUCUGUAAGGGUCUAUUAAAUCCAGGUUUUUCUUAUCCAGGUUAAAUUCAUUUCUACAUGAUAACAGGGUGGCUGGUCAUCUGCUGCAGCCUUUGCGUGGAGUCUAAAAUGAGGCAGAAAUUUCUGUAGCCACAUUAUGUUGUACUAAAUAUUUAAAGCAUUAAAACAAAAAAUUAUAUGUUUGGCCAUAAAUACAUGUAUUAUUAUUAUUAUUACUGAUAUUGGGGGUUUAGUACUCGUAAAAACAUUGUAAAAUAACAUCUAACAACAGACUUGGGAUGCUCUGUCCCUCUUCUCAGGCAAGUGUAGUGACACUUAUUAGCCUAUUGGUAACACUAUUGAGCCACAUCACGUAUUACAGGCAGCAUUGAGGUGUUUUGUAAUUGCUUCCUGUUUAUUUAAACAUAUUGGCUUUAAUGUCAUUCAGAAAUACCAAACUUUGCAUUCUACCACUUGAAUCACAUUACAAUGCGCAAAAUUAUUUUUAUGUGGCUCGUAUGUAUCGCGGCAGUUUCCUGGUGAAAUGAAUACUAGAGGUGCUGUGACAACAAUGACUUUUAUUCACUUUCACACAAAAUGCGAGAAAAAUUACAGAUUAUCAGUUCAUAAACACUUACUUUUCGCCCUGUUCCUCACACAGUGACAUCAGAUCUUUUACUGUAGUGCAUGACUCGCAAGGCGAUAUAUUAUAAUGUUAUCAUUAGAGGUCGACCGAUAGUGGAUUUCGCCAAUACCGAUAAGUAAGGUGGUUGGAAAGGCCGAUAACCGAUUAAUUGGCCGAUUCGUUUUUAAAAUCGAUUUAUAGAAUGUUAAAAAAUGAAGGUUUGGUAUAUAAUGCGGGACGUUUAACUAUAAACAAGCUCGAAACACACUGGGGACUCUUAUUUUGAAAUGAUGUAGACUUGGCCCUGUUACAAAGCUCUCAAUUAAGUAUUAACCAAAUUAAGCUUUUAUAGCCUAAAUGUAUAUUACACCAGGUAAGGUUUAAAUAGGAAUAAGGUUUAUUAUUAUUCACAAGGUAUGAAGUUGGAGAUACAAUGUUCUGUAUGUGCCGACAGGGCACAUUUCCAUAUAGUUGCCAUUUUCUUUGCAUGCCCUUGCUUCAAUUAAGAACACUUGAUUAUCUAAUCAAAAUAUGCAUUGACGUUAAGAUAAAAAAUUAAUAAAAAUGGUCAAUGAUGAAAUUUAGAAAUUUAGGCUGCUGUUAUACUGUAGAACCAAUCCUUUCUAUAAUAAAACCAAAACUAUCAGCAACUAUCGGUACAGAUUUUUGCAGAUAACCGAUAGUUUCAAAAAGCAACUAUCAGCACCCAUUAAUCGAUAAAACCGAUAUAUCAGCCUACCUCUAGUUUGCAUAACCAACUACAUUUACUAACUUGUUCAAGAGUAAACAAAAUGCACGUUAGCUCAGUUGAUAGAGCGUUGCAUAUGCGAUGCAAAGUACCUGGGUACAAAUCCUGAAGAGCAUGCGCGUCGACACGUGAGCCGAAAGCUUCAUAGAAGCGCCACACAAUGAUGCUGUUGCUUCAGCAGUUGCGUUUUUUAUAUCAUAUUUGCUUUUUCUGACACUAUCGGUUAGGUUUAAGGUUUAAGGUGUAGGGUAGGGAGGUCAGUUUUGUUGAUUUAAAACUCAAUAGAGCAUUAACCUUAAAAUCCACAUCUCUUUGUGGAACAUUUAACUUGCUUUUAGCGCCACCCAGUGGAUAUUUCAUCUCGGAACUGCCGUGAUAUGUGUAAAAAAAACAUGUAAUAUCAUUUCGCAAAAAUGUCGCCACAGGCACUGAUGAAUUCAGUGUUGGGGAAGUACUUACUUAAUAAGUAGUACUAAGGUUAAAAGUAAUCUUUAACAAAUUAUUGAUUACAUUUUCUAUAUUGUAAUGGGAUUAAUCUGCUAGCUUCUCUGAACAGUAAUCACAUUACUCUUUACUUAUUCAUUUCUACAACCCGACCUUUACCAGAUUUGGUACAUGUGUCCAAAAUGCCAUGUUAUAUUCUUUCACCAGGGCAUAAAUUACAUUUUAUUGUAAUAUUUGUGUAUCUAUUCAAAGUAAUGUAUUUUGCAAAAGAGCCACUGUUUUUUGCUAUCCUCACACUUUGUUAGUGUGGCAAUCAAAUGAAAGGGAGUGCAAACAUUUUGAUCAAAAUAAUAGAUGUUGUUGGAUGUUAAAUAUGUUUAUUAAAUUAAUCCUACUGAAUUUAAAUUAUAUAUGUAGCGCAAUUAUAAAACAAUAACGUUACAUGAUGUACUUUGUAGUUUUGUACUUUGUAACGCAUUACCCCCAGCACAGCAUAGCAUACAUACAUUUAUAUCAAACUGAAAUAUAUUACAAUAUAUAUGUAUAUACAUAUUAUGUUAUUUUAAUUGUCUUUCACGUUCUCUGAGUUUUCUUCAGCAAGAAAGAAAAUCUUAAAAUAACAAAAAGCAAAAUAAAUAAAUACAAAUAAAUAAAUAUUCAAACUGCUGCAAUAAUUAAACCUUUUGGUGACAGAAUGUAAAACCUUCAUUCCAAAAUCAUAUACUACCACAGCUAACACGUUUUGUAGAAUGAAUAACAGAUUUGAGCUUCUUGCAGUAGUGAGAUCAUUUCAUAUGAAGAAGUGCUGCAAAUCCUGCGAUUCAUUUUUAAUACUAACAAUAUUUAAGCUUGACACCAUUAAACUUCAUUCUGUGCCAAAUUCACCCGUAUAGAAGCAAUAUUUUCAUUUUGCAGUGUACAUCUGUUGUUGGUGAACUUUAACAGAUUUAUAGGAUGAUAAAAAGUCAAAAUACUUCACAAUGCAUGCAAUGCAUAUGUAAUGUGUAAAAUAUUGCAAUCAUGUGAAUUGUUUAAAUAAAAAUGCUUUGCGUGGUUUGUUUCA